UAAUAAUAAAAAGCUUAUUUGCAAAACAAACUAAACACGGUCAAUAAACAUAAACUCGCUCAUUUUAUAACAAAGAUGGCGCACGGUGCUGGCACCGAGAUUCCACUAAGUAAAAGAAAUAAAAAUACCAAAAUUGGCCCUUAUAACGUUGGAAAAUCUAUAGGUAAAGGAAAUUUUGCAGUGGUUAAGCUUGCUGAACAUACUAGUGCUAAAGUAAAGGUUGCAAUAAAAAUGAUUGAUAAAAGCCAGCUGGACAGUGAUAAUCUUAUAAAAGUCAAGCGGGAAGUAAAGAUUAUGAAACUUGUAAAUCAUACAAAUAUUGUUCGAUUGUAUGAGGUUAUGGAAACAGACAGAUAUCUUUAUCUUGUGACAGAGUAUGCUUCUAAAGGAGAAAUAUUUGAUUUGCUUAUUAAAAGCGGGAGAAUGCAUGAAAGUGAAGCACGAAAGGUUUUUCGUCAGAUUAUUGCUGGUGUUGAAUAUCUUCAUUUGAAACGCAUUGUACAUAGAGACCUGAAGGCAGAAAAUUUACUCUUGGAUGAAGAAAGUAAUAUUAAACUUGCAGACUUUGGGUUCAGCAACAUGUUUGAGGUUGGUGGGAAACUAAAGACAUGGUGUGGAAGCCCUCCAUAUGCUGCACCAGAACUGUUUGAAGGAAAGGAAUAUUAUGGUCCUGCCACUGAUAUUUGGAGUAUGGGUGUAGUUCUCUAUGUACUGGUAUGUGGUGCAUUACCAUUUGAUGGUCGCACCCUUCCUGAUUUGAGACAGCGUGUUUUGACUGGGAAGUUUCGUAUACCAUACUUUAUGUCUUCAGACUGUGAAAAUUUGAUUCGACACAUGCUAGUAGUUGAUUUAAAUAAGCGCUAUACAAUGACUCAAAUAAAACAGCACAAAUGGAUUAUUCAAGGUGAACCAUAUCAAUUUCUUACAGAAGAAGAUGAAUUCGGCUUUGCACGACACCAUGCUGUAAAUGGAUCAUUUAAUGAAACAGUUCUUCAGCAAAUGGAAGCUUUGGGUGAAAAUAGAGCUCAAGUUAUAGAAUGUGUUAAUAACAGUAUGUUUAAUCAAACUUACGGUUUGUAUCAUAUACUGUUGGAUAAACAUUUAAAAAACCUAAAAGAAACUUCCGUUAAUGACAGAAGCCCAGACACACAUAAAGAAUUUAAUAAUCUUAAGUUAAUUCAAGAGAAGACCGCUUGUGAUGUCAAUCAGUUUGAAUCUAUUGAACCACAGGAAAUUGAGAUUGAAGAAGGUCAACCAAGUGCAGCGGAAUUAGCUCGGUAUUUUUCAAAAAGGCGUGGUACAAUAGCUGUUUCACAUAUACCAGAUUCACGUAAAACUUUAAAAAAUGACACAGAAAAAACAUCUGAACUUUCGACAUAUAGGUCUCCGUCUCCAAUAUAUUGUGAAAGAGAACAAUUAAAUUAUAAAGAACAGCAUUUACCUCGUCCUGCAGUUCUUCAAGUUCGUCCAGAAUUUAAUCGUCGUGCUUCAGAUGGUGCAGCCACAUUGCAAAAUAGUAUUGCUCAAUUUAAUUUGCUUCAUAGCAAAAAAAAUAAUAAAUCUCAUAAUAAGGAGAGCACUGAAAACCAUGAUAGUCUCAUUGAAGUCCCUGAAAAUGAUAAUACAGGCUCAGAAUCUGAUGGGGAACCAGACUUUGAAGCAGUGCAAAAAUAUAUGCGGUCCCGUGGCAGUAGACAGAGGCAUACUUAUAAUUGUAUAUUAGAACCUACAGUGGAAGAGCAUAAUAUAGAUUCUUUUAAUGUAAUUCCACAAAUAUCCGUAAAAACAAAACGUGUUUCUGGAAACACAAAAGCUAGGGACCGGGAGCGUACUAACCUAACACCAUAUCUUCCUCUGAGUCCUGAAGCAAGAUCUCGAUUGUCAAAUGAAAGACGUUUAUCUGAGGGAGCACUACUCUUUACAGAUAAAAAAAAAUCUGAAGAUUCCGAAAAUAUGUUGAAACAGGUGCGUGAAGAACAUAAGAAAUUGAGAGAACAAUAUUGUGACAAUCAAGCGGUUACACAUUCUCUCCAUCCACCUAAUUGUUAUCCCUUUCCUUAUUUUCUGGAUGAUAAAACUUCUGAAUUAUCGCCACCUGACAAUCCUGAUGUCAGUCUUGCCACAUUGCAAAAACAGCAGGAAGAAGCUUGGGAAAAUCUUCAUGUUCAACACCUUGUCCAAAGAAAGUUUCUUGAGAAACAAAUGGAAGAGAAUGAAAAACAACUUUUUCUAUUAGCAGCUGAAAGAGAAAAUAUGCAAUUAGAAAGCCGAUUCUUUGAUUCCGAUUUUCUAGCUAAUCAAAACAAUUCUUGUUCAAAUGAUAAUUCUUCAGAUUUAAAUUCAAUAAACGAAACUGAACUACCUAAUGAAAUGAUGAAACUAAAUUUAAAAGUUUCUAACGGUGUUUCGGCUUUAGGAAUCAGUAACUAUCAGCCCCAACUUGAAACACUAGAUCCUUCAAACCCAUCAGCUACCAUGGAAAUUGAUACUCAUUCACAACCACAGUUCAGAUAUAACAAUAUUAGUUUGUUCAACAGCUCCUCGCCGCCUCGUUUACACGAUUCUAAUUUAAACACACAUUGUUUACGUACUUUACAUACUAGCCAUCCUUUAUCAAAUAGUAAUGAAUUAGUUUGGAACAAUAAUGUAGACGGAAAUGAAGAAUUAAAAAAUGAAAAGGAUUUAAAACGUGGCCGUUUAUUGAAAACACUAAGUGUGGACAUGACUUCCGCACUUGGUAUAGAGGAAAUAGUUGCGGCUGUAAAACAUUGUUUAGAUUGUCGACCUGAGAUUGAUUAUAGUCAGUCUGACAGUUAUUUUUCAUUGUAUAAAAAAGGCGUUCAAGUGGAAAUCGAUAUUCAACCUAUUUGGAAUGGAAGCCUUCUUAGUGGGGUAAAAAUGCGUCGUGUAGGCGGCGACAAGUGGGCAUAUAAAAAAAUGCGUGAUGAUAUUCUUUCUGGUUUGUGUUCGUUGUUAGAAUGUGAAUGAACUUAAACUAGUAUUCCUGCUAUUUUAGAAUUAGUAUCUUUGCUAUAUUUGAGUUAUCGAUAGCGGUGAUUAGCGAAUGUUGCAGUUCCAUUUUAUGCAUACCAUGAACAACGGUCAAACAACGAUGGUGAAAUCAGAAACGUGAUAAUGGAAGAUGGUUCAUAUCACAUUGCAUUGAUAUUUAUUUUCAAGUGAUUUUUUUUUUUCGAAUUUUGCUGAAUUUAAAAAUAUUGGCUUAAUUCAUUAGAAGACUAAAAUUACUUUCAAUCAAUUGGAUUAAAUAUUUUUUUGCCAAGAGUUUUAUUUAUCACAAUCAAAUUAUUUUGCAAAACAGAGUUACGCGAAAACUCAAUGUAAAAAGUUGUUUUCUACGUUCGUAUUUCCUGUUAUUUGAAGUAUUAGAAUUAUAAGACAUUUUCGAUGGUCUUUAAACAAUAAAUCAGUCUUUGUAAUUCGCGUAUCAAACAGCUUAGGCAUAGCAUGUUAUAAUGUCUUGUUUCUGAGCGUUUAAAGCAAUUUCAUUUACUGACAGGGUGUAUCAUACAUUAUCGUGUAACAUACAGCUUGUAACAUACAUUGUAUAUGUUUUAUAUAGAUUUAUAUUAUUUAUUCA